UCAAAUGAUGAGCCCUCUCCGCACCUCUCAUCUCCGUCCUUUUCACCACCCCUCCCCUCUUCCUUUGUGUACUAAUACAAAUGCGUACAUAGUAGCAUCGCACGCUAAUACUCCAUUGUGGUCACCCCCUCCACCACAACCACCACAAUGUCGCUCUCGGGGUCGACGUCGAGAGCGAGGAGGGGACGAAAGAGGGCGACGGGGACGAUCGACAUGAACGAGGAGGCGGAGGCGGAGGCGGAGGUGGAGGUGGAGGAGGAGGGGGCGGUGGUGGUGGUGGAGCCGAGCCCCGAUAUUCACAAGCUCUUCUGCUUCUACAACAAGCUCUACUUCGACGACGCCCUCGGCGCCUGCAUCGUGCGCUGGAGCUCCCCUCGCAUGACCAGCUGUGCCGGAACAUGCCGUUUUUUGCGAGGGGGUGGUUGUGAAAUACAUCUCUCUGAGCCUUUACUGAAAAAACGAUCGACAACUGAUCUGAAGAAGACCUUAUUGCAUGAGAUGAUCCACGCAUUCUUGUUCAUUACGCAAAACAAAAAGGAUCGCCGCGAGCACGGCUCAAUGUUCCAGGAUCUCAUGAAUACUAUCAACUCCAGCUCACAAGCUGAUCACCAGAGACCAUCCGGCGGGUACAAUAUCACAGUCUACCAUGACUUUCAUGAGGAAGCUGAUAGCUAUAGACUUCAUCACUGGAGGUGUGAGUCAUGCGGUGAUUUAAUUAAGAGAGCAAUCAACAGAAAACCAUCGGCCACUGACUGCAUUAAGAAAGCAGGCCAUGGUAAUGUUUGUGGCAACUCAUCUUGCCAUUGGCACAGCCACCAGAUGUCAUGUGGUGGUACCUAUGCAAAGAUAGCAGAGCCGCCUGGGUACAAGGACAAAACAAAAGCUUCAAAAGGUGUGCAAAAGACUCUUGACAUCAAGCCCGAAAAGCCCAAUGUAGCUAUACUGAAUAAUCAAGGAUCACAUAAAUCAGGUGUGCAAAAGAAUCUUGAGAUCAGGCUGGAAAAGCCCAAUGUAGCUAUACCGAGUAAUCAAGUAUCACAUAAAUCAGGUGUGCAGAAGAAUCUUGAGAUCAAGCCUGAAAAGCCCAAUGUGGUUAUACCAAGUAAUCAAGGAUCACAUAAAUCAGGUGUGCAAAAGGAUCUUGAGAUUAAGCCUGGAAAGCCCAGUGUAGUUAUACUGAGUAAUCAAGGAUCACAUAAAUCAGAAGGAAUGACCGAUAACUGUGAUACUAGGAUGCCACACGUGAUAACACAUUUCUUCCAUACUACUUGUGAUAAAAAAAGGACUAUGCACAGCAGUUCCCUAGAGUUCGAAAAACCAAAGAUCGUCGAGUCAAAGAUAAAAGAGACUUUUGUGGUUCCAGGAAAACAGAAGAAUGCAAAUUCACUGGAAUCAAAGAAACGAAAAUGCAAUAAUACAAUCAGGCAGCAAUUUGGUAAAGGUAAGAAAGAGUUCAUGGUGGCUAGUGCAUGGCUGGGUUAUUAUGCGGAUGAAGAAAGCGACGAAGAUAUAGAGCCUUUGAUCAACAAGAGAACGGAGAGAAGGAAAAGGCAAAAGAUACUGAAGAAGACAAUGGCUGCAACCCGAGAAAACAUAGCCUUUGCAACUCUCCCUCUUGAUCCAAGUAGGUCCCAGAAAGGCAGUGCCAAAGACUUCUCGUUGGUGCCUCAUGAAAAUUGUGAUGGUGGAGCUCAGAUUGUCAAUGUCGAGAAUGUUUCUGCAAUUGAUUCAGAUGAAAUUCUUGACGCUGAACCUCUUGAUCAUUCUGCACCUCUCCCGUUACCUGGUUUGCCUUACGCAUCGCCCUCGAAAUCACCAGCUCAAGACAUUGUGAUAUACAUCUCAGACGAUUCAGAUUAGCUCGUUUGUCUGAUAUGGAGCCUGGCGGAUUUGUCAGUUCUAUGCAAUGGGGUGGAUUCGGAUAUGAUUCUCUGCGAGCAUUUUUGGCAAAGCAGCACAUUUUGAUUUAUCUCAGAUGACUGACAGCUCUUUUUUUCUUUUUCUUUUUCUUUUUUCUUUUUCUUUUUUUUUUUCUCUUUUCCUUUAUGGGGCAUGGUAAGACUUUGUUUUCAGCUCUAGCGCUAACUUAAUUAGGAGAUCAUACUGACAGUGUAGAGUCAAAUAUAGGCAGAUAUCUAUAUACACAAGGAUGACAUGAACGUGCGUACAUACCGCGUGUAAAUAUUUUGCUGAACAUUCUGUACUUAUUUGUGCAAGGUCCAUAUACAGUUACUUAUUUAACCUACAAGGUUGUACAGAUUUCGUAA